GCGGGCCGCUGCCGGGAGAGAAAACGCUUCUUCUCAGUCAGGAGUCUUUAUUAGAGUCUGUGUGUCUGAACUGUGCAGGUUUCAGAUCACAGUCACUCCACACCUGGAGCUGCAUUUCUGCACGCUGUAAAAGAGCGAGCAAAGUUCCCCUUCCGGAGGGCAGGCAGGAGAUAAAGAGAGGCGGGAGAAACUAACUACCUGUGACCGGAGAUGAUGAGGAGGAUCUGGGGAAAUGAUCCUGAAGGACUCGUCUGAUGGGGAGGAAAGAUUGACUGGGAUGUAAACGGACCAUCGAUCUCUAAUCUGGAGUGUUUUCCGUCACCAUGAUGACGCCACAUGAGAGCUUCCUCCGAACUCACCUGCUCCUCCAGCUCCUCCUCCCCCUCGGCCUGUCCGUCCACCACCCUCCUCUCCAUCCGCCCGUCCACCUCCCAACGCUGGUCCCUCACACUCCGACGCCUCUCGCCCGCUCUCGCUUCAGCGCUCAGACUCAGCUGGACUUCACCACCCACUGCAACUCCAGCUGCUUCCACAGAGAGCAGGAGGACCAGCUGUCUGAGAAACUGGCCUUUGAGACGCUGUAUGCCGACGGCUCCCGCACCCUCACGACGGUGGACGUGGAGGACGAUGAUGAGUUUGAAGGAGACGCACUUCACCUACGCCAGCCGUCACCCAGCAGAGUCCUGGGAUGGAAGCCCAGGCACAAACGUGUGAGGCGGCAGAUCUACGGAGCAGACGGCCGCUUUAACAUCCACGGAGACAACUUCCUGUUGGACUACCCUUUCUCCACAGCCGUGCGGAUCUCCACUGGCUGCACCGGCGUCCUCGUGUCUCAGCAGCACGUCCUCACAGCUGCUCACUGUGUACACGAUGGGAAGGAUUAUGUCAAUGGGGCGCGGAAGCUCAGGGUGGGCUUCCUGAUCCCUCCAUCCAUCAACGGCACCAAAACCGGCCUCACUUCUGCCAAGAAGCCUGUGGUUCGCUGGGUGCGGGUGAAACGCACCCGUGUGCCAAAGGGCUGGAUACAGGGCCCUCAGGAGGUCAGCAUGGACUUUGAUUACGCCCUGCUGGAGCUGCGUUGGCCUCACCAGCGCCCAUUCAUGCGCCUCUCAGUGGCUCCCUCCUCUGAUGAUCUAGCGGGGAACCGCAUCCACUUCUCUGGCUUUGACAGCGACCGGCCCGGGGAGCUGGUGUACAGAUUCUGUCCGGUGGAAGAAGAGUCCAGCGACCUGAUAUACCAGCACUGUGAUGCCAGACCUGGAGCCAGCGGCUCAGGUGUGUACGGACGAGUGUGGGACAACAGCUUAGAGCGCUGGGAGAGGAAGGUCAUUGGCAUUUUCUCAGGACACCAGUGGCUGGAAAUAGACGGAGAGAACCGUGAUUAUAAUGUAGCUGUACGCAUCACUCCUCUGAAGUUUGCUCAGAUUUGUUACUGGGUGCACGGAAACCGACUAGACUGUGUUCAGGACUGACAAAGCCCAAAGAACAGCAUGAAAAACGCAAGAAUGCACAAAGCCACUGAAUAACAACAGAGUAUCACCCUCAGCGAUCUACCAGCAAAGCAGGUCUAAUUCUCGCCUGUAUUUAAUUUACUGCCUGUAACCUCUGGGCCCAUUAAGCCAAUCUGCCUGUGAGAUCAUCACUACGGCAUCUUUUAAUAAGUUUUAGCCCGCAGUCAGAUUAAUAACGCAGUCAGUAUUUCCACAGAAGUCACUUUUUACGAGAGGGAAAGAAACACUUUUCCUCGUGUGUCAGUAGCAGCAGAUUAUUUUCCAACUGGGGACGACCGUAAUCUACUGAGGAUGUAUUUUCAGCUUUCUUGCUCUCUCUCUGGAAACAUGUUUUGGUAUUUUGAUAGCUCUUCGAGGAUCAUUCAGCUGCUUCUGCUGCAUUCAGACUGUAGCUCACUGCUGCUUUUCAGCCUUCAGCAGACAGAAUAGUCUUCUUAGUGGGGACUGGAGACACAGAGUUUAAUUUUAUUUUUUGAAAAAUGCUUGAUAUAUUUUAAUAAACAGAGAUUUAUAACAAG